AUGAUUAAACCGGAUUUGUAUCACAAAUCACAUCAUGCUAUCAAACAGCAUGUGGGUAAACUUAUUAGGGAAUUUUCCAACAAGUUCCAAUGGGGUAAUGAAGACAAAGAUGUGUUCUGCGAUGUUGGCACUGGACCUGGUGAUUUCUUUGUGGAUCAUAUUUAUCCAUUGGUGAAGAGUAAAUGUAAGAAAAUCAUAUUAGCCGAUAUAUCUAAGGAUAUGAUCGAUUAUUGCCAAAAGAACUUUCAUAUCUCGGAGAAGUUUGAAUACAAAAUCUUCGAUAUUGCGGCAAAAAGUGGAGUUCCGGCUGAAGUAGAGGGAAAAAUCGACCAUGUUACCUCAAUGUUAGUUAUGCAUUGGGUUUCAGAUAUCAGAAAGGCUCUUAAAAAUACUUUCGACCUGCUUAGUCCAAAUGGUGGUGAUUGUGUGAUAGUAUUCUUUGCUUUUAAUACGAUUUUUAAUGCGUGUAAUGAACUGAGCACUAGCCCAAAAUGGUACCCUUAUACUAGAGGAGAGGAUAACUUCAUGUUAACUUUCGAAAAUUCAAAAGAUUGUAAAGCUGAAUUUUCCGAGAUGAUGAAAGCAGCGGGAUUUGAAAACAUACGAGUGGACAUGGAGUCAACCGUGUACGACUAUGAAACUGAAGAAGGUUUAAAAGGUAAUAAGAACGGUGUGGCUAAAGAUGGUUACUAUAACCAAACCUAUGUACGAGCUGACUCUAACUGA